AUGAUUUUUGUAAGGUCGAGUACGAGGCGGGGCAUCUUCGCCUUCGCCCUGCUCGCUCUCUUCACCCUCUCUUUGAUCUCAGAAUCAACCGCCGUCAAAUCGGUUUAUCUCAGCCCUCGCGCACAAGAACGUCGCCGGGAGCGUCGCCGGGAACUUGCCCUCGCAGAACACCGCCGAAGCACAUCAGUUCAUCGCGCGGCUCCCGUAGUCACUCAGGUUCCACCUCGACCGCCUCCCGCUUCUCGUCAGGCCCCAAGUCAUCCUCCUGUUCGAGCAUUGGGCCCCGUCUCUCCUCACUCCAAGAUCACCAUUCCACGCACACUCCGGGAUAGGUCCUCUUUCGACAAUGGUCACGGUCAUGACGAUGCCACGAGCCGAAUUCGCGCUCGUCAAGUUAACAACGAGUCAUGCAACAAUAUCACCAUCACUCCGCCCGGAUGGGAUGGCAGUUGCUCAGCAGACGAUCCGUGUCCGAAUGGAGCUUGCUGUGGCGCGUCUGGGUUCUGCGGUUAUGGCGAUACUUUUUGCGGCGACGGCUGUAUUAAUAACUGCAAUGCAGUCGCUGAAUGUGGUCCAAACGCUGCACCGGGCAAUGAGGAAUGUCCUCUUAAUGUAUGCUGCAGCGAAUUCGGCUUCUGCGGGUCAACCGAUGAAUUCUGUGGCGCCGGCUGCGUGGGUGACCAUUGUGGCACACCAGCUAUCCCCUCUGGUGUGAACUCGGAUGUCACGACGCGUGUCGUUGGCUACUAUGAGGGAUGGGCUUCUUCGCGGGCGUGCGACGCUUGGUUUCCUCCCAAUAUUCCCUCCAACGGCUAUACCCAUCUCAACUAUGCUUUCGCGCUCAUCGACCCGGGCACGUAUGCUAUCGUUCCGAUGGCGGCCAGUGACGUUGCACAGUACACGCAGUUCACCAACUUGAAACAGUCAAACCCAAACCUCAAGACAUACAUCUCCAUCGGUGGCUGGUCGUUCAACGAUCCUCCCACACAAACGGUCUUCAGCGAUAUUGCUGCUUCCGAGGCAAACAGCCAAGCGCUGGCAAACUCGCUCGUCAAGUUCAUGGUCACGUAUGGCUUCGAUGGCGCCGAUAUCGAUUGGGAAUAUCCAGUCGCUUGCGAGCGAGGUGGAGUACCGGCGGACAGAGAUAACAUGGUCAACAUGUUUCAGAUUAUACGUACCACGUUCGACGCGUCCGGGCAUACGUUCGGCCUAACCUUCACGGCGCCUACGUCUUACUGGUAUCUCCAGCACUUCGAUCUCCUCGGCUUGUUAUCCCAUGCCGACUGGGUGAACCUUAUGGCAUACGAUCUGCACGGUGUCUGGGAUGCGAAGGACAUCUUUAUCGGCAACGUCGUUCAAGCUCACACGAACUUAACCGAGAUCAAGGAUGCCGUCACGCUAUUUCAGCGCGUGGGCGUGCCGCUCGACCGUAUCGUCCUCGGUCUUGGAUUCUAUGGACGCUCUUUCCAACUCUCGGAUCCAAGUUGCAGCAAACCUGGGUGUUCCUUUUCGGGACCAGCCCCUGGCGGACCAUGCACGGCAUCCGACGGUACCCUUAGCUUCGCAGAGAUCCAAACCAUCCUCGCCACCAAUCCCAGCGAAGGUAGCGUCAGCACGACCACCCCGGUCUAUGACGUAGACGCGCAAGUCAAAUACGUGGUCUACAACACUGAUAAUUGGGUUAGCUAUGACGAUGCGGAGACAUUGAAAGCGAAAGUGUCCUGGGCCAAGGGCGCUGGGUUUGGCGGUCUCAUGGUCUGGUCUGUAGACCAAGACGACUUUAACUCGACCGCACUCUCCGCCAUCCUCGGACAAGACGCAACAUUGGUUAUCCCGCAGGCCACGGACGUCAACUCGAAGGACGGCAAGACUUGCAUGCAGCCCGGAUGCGGUCAGACAUGCCCAUCUGGUUAUAUACAGAUGUCAGAUACGACGGACGGCAAACUAGCCGACCCUAAGACAGGCUGCAAGGAUACCGGCAAUCCGGUGUGUUGUCCGGUCGACCAGAUACCUCAAAACUGCCGGUGGAGAGGGACAGCUCCGGACUGUAAUGGUGUUUGCCAAGUCGGCGAGAUAACUCUUGCAACCGACUCUUGGGGGACCGGCAAGCGAUGCUCCUCGGGCCAUAAGGCCUUCUGCUGCGAAUCCGGCUUGACGGACGAGCAGAUAAACGAGGCUACUGAUUGCGCCUGGUAUGGCCAUCAGUCGAGGAACUGUAACGACAACACUUGUCCCGCUGGCACAUUCACGAAGGCAAGAGAUUAUUACGGCGAUACAAACCUCUUUCACGCCUGUCUCAUGCAAGAGAAGUCAUAUUGCUGUAAACCCCCCAACGGCGCGAGCACGACCAAUCCAUUCGAUGUUGAUGACCUCUUCCCGAACCCGCCUGAUGAUGGUGAUCUGACGUGGGACCUUCAAGACGACCCCAUCGACGAAAACGCUCCUGGCGGCGGGACUGGUGCUUCUGACAACUCCUUUGGUUUCAUCGCAAUGGACGGCCCGUCAAGUUUACUGUCGUCAGUUGACGCAUCAACAGACUGGGUGGUCUUGGGCUGUACAGGCUCGACGAACGGCGUCCAAUCCACAACGGCGUUCUGCAGCAAAGCUGAGUCGAGUUCAUGCGACGCCGUGUUCGAGAAGGGCGCAGCCAACACGAUCAUCAAGCUUCCGUCCGGCUGCGGCGGCCCGUAUGCGCGCCUGCACAGCCUCGAAGUCAACGACUCGGCUAGUCUUCCUGACUCUCAUGUUUCUCGACUGCCGACCGCUAAUUCCGUAUAUACCCUGCAAUUCGACUUUGACUUCAGCCGCCUCGCUGAGACCCGAGACGUAUCCGAUGGCGCCGUGCUCCUGCGCAUUGACGCGACCACCCUUCCCGGGUACUGGGAGGAGAUCGACACAGAUGAUCCUAAUUCACCUGUCAAGCGCCGUGCGCUCGAAGAGAGAUGGUUCGGUGCAUUCGGCGACUGGCUCUCGCGUUUGAAUAAGGUCAAGCAGUCCACCAGCGCCGACCUCCUCAUGCAAAAGUCUUUCAGCUCCGUCUUGUAUUCAGCGAGCCAGAACUGCGCUAGCGAUGACGGGACCACGACUUUCUCUGCCUCGCUCGAUAUCACAUGUUUUGGUAGCGCCACCGCUCACGUCGAAUACGGUUUUUAUCUUGAGGGGCAGAUCUUCCCACCCCAGAUCAACCAAGCAUAUGUCUAUGCGUCGAACGACGGUUCAGCAACACUUGGAUUCGAGAUCACGGGCAAGGCUGGGAUCAUGUAUGACACAAGUAGAGUCAAGCUCAUCCCUUCGAUCGACUGGCCCGGUCUCUCGUAUCCUGGUAUCGUCACCAUCGGACCUGAGUUGAAUCUCUAUGGCCAGCUUACUGGUAGUCUGACCUUGUCGGGGACAUUUGGGACUCAGGCUACGUACACCAUCCCGUCAACAUAUGUGAAUCUCGGCAUCACCGACGGCUCUCAAGCUGGUAACCGAGACAUCGCCUCUCAAUCGUUUCAGGUUCCUCAGACAUGGAAUAUCAAACCUACUGCCGACGUCAACCUUGAUGGUUCCCUGAAGGUUGAUGUUAUACCGGAAGCAGCGCUCGUCUUCAAUCUUCUUCCAGGGACACCUGUGGCGGUUGGCGCAAGCGCUUACGUUGACCUCGAUGGCUCUAUGAUCUUGUCCUUCAGUGCAGACUCUACCGGUGUAAACGCGCACGUCGGUACGACAGCAGAUAUCAAUACUGGUGUCACGGCUGGCAACUCCCUCUUCAACUUCGGUCCAUACAAUCUCUACCACGCGGCUUGGGAUCUCUAUGAUUACCACCUUGCCCUCUCCUCCGAUCCGACACGCCGUCGUUCCUUGGACGAACACCUACUGCCGAACUUGACCACACCAGUGCCAUCUACGUCGAGAUUCUCUGCACUGACGCACACUUACGAGAAGCGCGGGAUCUUUGACGGGUUGUUGACCUGCCCAGAACCAGUUGAUCAGCCCACUGGAGAGGCAUCCUGCGACGCUGAUCUGGCAGACGACGACCCUGCGGACGCGGACCCUGAUGAUACGACAGACGAGGUGUUCCGCAAGCGGGAGUCUGUCACAUUCGACGACCUGUAUAUGCCGGACGCGCUUCUCGAUCCAGCUCACGAUGCAGCGGAACAUCACUUGCAGAAGCGCGUCAAAGUCAUAGGUUGCUCUAAACCUACCUUGAGCGCUCCGAACUACCGAAACACCAUCAUCGACAAUAGCUGGUAUUUUGCAGACCCGACAAACCCUGACAGCAUCGAUAUCACAAAUGCCGGUGCGAACGCACCCGGUGUGAGAUUCGCUAGGGAGCAUGUGUACGAGAUCCAGUUGCUCACGCAGUUCAUGAGUGAUCGCAUCCAACCUGCGCAACAACACUUCGACGGUAGCGAUUUCUGUCAAUGGGUGCAGACAUACGUGUUCAGAAGAGUAAACUUCAACAACGGAAACAGGUACCAGAUGUCAAGCCUUUUAGCAGCGACGAUGCCGGCUGGGAACGACUUGAUGCCCGUGUUGAUGACCGACGCCAACAGUGCGAAACAAGCCUUCAUCUCGGGGAAGCGUCAAUUCCGCAACAAGCGCAAACUGAACACGAUGGACCCCGGCAAUGCGCUAUACCUCCUCCGCUCUGCCGCACUCUCAGUGGAGUACAUGAACGAGCAAGACAUCGAGACCAAAUUCACCCUCGUAGCGCAGGAUGUCGAAAACCUGUGGAUACAGUUCUUUGCGGACUAUAAUGCCAUGACUGGCGGUCAGGCCAACGCUUACAACGUGCAGGCGGACUACCGUGACUGGUUGAACAACGAUAUCCUCGAUGGGUACGGAGACAGGGCAAAUGAGUUCAUGAACAACGCGGCGUCGGCAAUUCAGACGGGUAUCAAUAAUGCCGGGGGUGUUCUCAACACGCACGCACCCAAGACCUGUUCGCCGACAGCGGUCACCUUCGACUCGGCUGACCUACAGGCACUCGUGGCGAAUUUCCCAGCCGGAAUCACUUGGCGCUACUAA